UCAUUGAUAUAAUGCAUAAUUAGAAGAUAAAAUAAUUAUAUACUCUAUGGUGACGUCAAGUGGAUAUACCUUAAUAUUAUAAAAUGUAUUCGGAGUGGACGUCAGUUAAAACUGAAGUCCAAGAUCUUGAAAAAUGUACCAGUGUGCUUCAUCAUUAUUUGCCGAGUGUUGGAAGAGAUGUAGCAAAGUCUGUUGUUACCAGCUUGUUAGGUGGUGGAGGUUCUAGCAAUGGAAGUCGAACUCCUGAUAUUGGGAAUAUACCCAGAUUCAGGCAAGAUUCUGAGGUUAAAUGGACGAUGGAAGUUGUGUGCUUCGGUUUGAGUCUCACUUUGAUGGAACUUGACACUCUGAGAGAAAGUGUGAACGUGUAUCUUGAUUGGUUAACUGUGCUUACAGUUCCGAAAGCCACUGUUCCCGAACCAAUUUUGAAAAAUCCAUUAUCAUAUGUUCGGCAGAUGAUUUACCAUUUGCAGAAUCUGUUUAUUCCAAGAACCGACGGAGCUGUGUCAACCCAAGUUAGUUUAUGUCAGAAUGUGCUUCGAACAAUUCAAAACGUUGUUCAGAAUUCCAUGUUAUUAGACAGAGAGACCUGGGAGACAAUUUUGAUGUUCAUGUUGAAUGUUUGUGACAAACUUCUUGCUGCCCCUUCACAACCAAAUGGGCUAGCUGAACAGCUUUGUGAACUUCUAAUGCAAACAUUUAUGCAAGUGUGGCUUCUAUCUUGUGCCAGGUCGUUCCCUUCCCCUCCACUAUGGAAGACUGCUAGGUUAUUAUUUGCUGGAUGGAGGCAUCAUCCACCUGUCGUGGAGUAUUGGUGUAAAAUUACUGCUGCAUUAACUGCAAGGGUGGUUGAAGUCACCCACGGACCUUCCUAUCCAAAGCUGAAGAUCCCGGAUGAAGACUUGAAAUAUCUUCCAAAUGAUUUAUCAAACGAGGUUAUGACUCAGACCUGGUACAGGAUGCUGCAUAUGAUUAAUAACCCUGUUGACCUGAGCAAUGCCAACUUGAUCAGUAAAUACCAAGGAUUCUUUGAAACAGCUUUUACGAGAGACAAUCUGCAGGAACCCGCUCAGCAUCCUAGUCUUGCGAUGCUGCCAACCAUAUUCUUGAGAGCUUUACGGGGAAUCUCCACCCAUGUUGACGCUUUUCUUGGUAUUUCUGGGCAAAAAAGAAGUGAAAUAACUUACCCAAAUGUUUUGACGAAAAUCUCAAAUCCUGAAACUCCAACUAUCAUGAGAAAAGCAGGAAAAAGCGCAAGCAGAAAGCAAGGGCCGUCAACCUCAUCUUUGCAAAGCAAAUCGUCAUCCAGCAAUGUCUCUCAUAAAUAUAACACAAGCCCAGGAAAUGUCAGCCAAAGUCCAGGUGCAGCAAGUUCAUCCGUAGACAUGCAUCCGAGACCAGCAAAAGACCGUCCUCACGUAAACAGCGUCCUAAACUUGUAUGGACAAUGGUUAUUUGACGCCGCUCUUGCUGGAGUCAAGUUAGAGUCCUUGCAAAAUACAAGAGAAAGAGGAGGCAGUUUAACGAUGCGUAGUCGAUCAUCAAGCGGCGUCCUGUCAAGUCAAGUGACUGUAGGAACUGCAAGCUCUUCUACUAUAGGUGGAUUGGGGACAUCACAGGACGGCAUCAACCUUGCUGCAAAUCCUUUAUUUGACAGCUCAGAGUAUCCAGACUCUUAUGAUGCCGGCAGAUCAGAAGCUUUUGGAACACUAUGUAGAAUUUUUUCGUGUAAAAAAACAGGGGAACAUAUUCUGCCUGUGUAUCUGUCAAGGUUCUACUUGACCAUGAGUCAUGGCUUAAUGGAAGAAAGCAAUCAAGUUCUGGCAAGUAUAUUGUUGAACUCAGUGAAUUUGUUCCGAAUAGAUCUUCCUGGUAUAACCUGUCUUCUACCUGGUGUGUUGAAUGCUCUGGAAUCUAUUCUUCCAGAUAGAGAGUUGACUCAUUUCAAACCAUACGUAAACGUCACUGAACUACGACGGGCAGCAAUUCAUUUGCUAUUAUCAAUGAUUCCGCUGCCGUUACAUUAUGACAAUCUGCCAAUUGAGGACAUUCAGUUGCUCUGGUCACGAGGGACUGAGGGAGAAGACACUUCAUCUACCGUAUCUACACCAACACAUCAAACUUUCCGAUCGCUGAAACUUCGAAUUAUUCAUCAACUUAUCGGAGCAUUGCAAUGCGAAACUGAUCCUGUAAACGCUCAGAUGAUACUUGGUGGAAUGCUACUCGCCCUACAAGAUUCAGCUUUAGUGGAAUCCAUUGGACACGAGUCGGCACAGAAUGGAGGAAAAGAUGGAAUCGUUCAACCGAGUGAAAAUGAAAAUGUCGCUGCCGACACUGCAUACGGCUUCUUUGUAAAUUGUAUCUAUCUCGUUUCACAAAGAUUGGAAUCUUGGAAAUCUGAACUCAGUGUUUCCUUGGCUGCUUUGGAAUUAUUAGCCGGACUAGCAAAGGCCAAAAUCCAUAUAGUAGACAGUGGAGAAUGUCGCCGUGCUGUCCGUGAGUUAUGUCGGUACAUUGUCAACCAGUGUGAGCGCCCACCACCUCACCAUAAGAGAGAAUUACAUUCUAUGAUUGUUGCUGCUUUUCAUACUUUAACUACAUGGUUACUGGAGCACCCAUACCUUCUAAAUGACAAGGAUUGUUUAAAUGAAGUUCUUGAAAUUAUUGAGCUCGGCAUAUCUGGUAGCAAAUCAUCGCCAGGGAGGCGGGGCAGCAGUGGUACUUUUGGAUUAAGUUCUACCACUGGAGGUCUCCUUGUGAACGGAUCAAACGAAGACAAUAAACCGAUAUUUAAAGGAGACAAGGACCUAAACCCUGCUUCAAUGAGAGUGUUGGAAGCCGCAGAGGGUGCUCUAGUCUGCGUUUUUGAACAUCUUGGUGCAUUUCCGAGUCCAUGCUCACCCAGUUCAACUUGUUGUCUUCUGAAUGAGUUGAGUUUGGUUAGACACGCCUGUGGACACACCCCUCAAAGUAGCAACCAAUCAAAUUCUGAUGUUAAUGACACACCUCUUGAAAAGACUCAAUCAAAAAGUAAUGUCACUGACACACCCCCAAAUGAAAGCCAAUUGGAUUUCUCAGAUGCGGUAAAGAAUUUCAGAUACUUUGUCAUCAGGAAUACUGUUCUACUUGGAGUUCUGGAACAAAAUUUAGGAAACGAACAAGAGCCUGUUCCUACUGUAACUUUGGUACUUAGAAGUGCAAGCGGAAGAAAGGUUCAUGCUAUGCAAUUCAGACAAACUCCGAGAAGUGACAAGCAAUCUUCUACAUCCUACCUCACCUGCCCAGCACGUCCUUCACCAGACGAGAACCCUGGUGUUCAUCACAAUGUUCGACAUAGAACAUUCCCUGAAGAAGUUGAUCGGAUUCCUCUUGUGAAAGCAGAUUGUAGCAUUCCUAUGCUGUCAGAAAUACCAGAUAAAGAGCAAGCUGAAAGAGUGAAGAAGAUUCAACAACUUGUUGAACAACAGAAGUUGUAUGAUUUGAAUGUUGAAAAACGAAUCCAGCAAGCUUUUUCAGAUGACGAUGAUCCUCUAUCAUUACGAAUGAAAGAAUGUUUUCCUCCCGAACCUGCCAGAGAAUUCCAGACCGCCAGAUUGCUUCUCUCACAUCUUAACUUAAUGUCACUAAGCACAGUAAAGCAUCACGCUCAUCAAAGACUCGGUCCAGAUCUGGUCAUGCUAAACAGGAUGGAUCCCGACUUUCCAUCCGACAUUGAAGAUUUGGAUUCGAUUCCAGUUCGCAACAACGACACUGUUUUCAUCUUUUAUCAUAAAGCUGGACAAACAGACAAACAACAGAUCCUAGAAAACACAAGUCUGAGAACUUCCGAACUGCGGCCUGAAUUUUCAGAGUUUGUUUUGUCUCUGGGAUGGCCUGUUGAUCUUCGUAAACAUCCUGGCUGGACUGGAAAUGUCUCUACUUCGUGGAAAUUAAAGCAAUUCUCUGAUGUAGAAGAAGCCACCAUAGAUCUGAACACAGAAAGUCCUGGGAUCUUCAAUGGCGACAAAUAUAUUUUAUAUCACGCUGAUGUUUUGACUGAAACUGCUUUCAUAAUCCCGACACGACAACCUGUGACCUUUUCUCCUAUGACCUUUGACUCAGUUACGGAAGUAGAUGGCGAUGCUUCAGACAGAAAGUCAAUAAUGCGUGAGAAACUUCAACUCGACUUGGCAUCCAUUCAUAGUUCGAGCAGCGCCAGUAACGAAAGUCCAAGCAGUCCCACCGGUGCUCAACAACAUCCACCAGGUGGAGCAAGAGUGAAGAAGAUAUCCACAGUGUCGAGAACGAAUUUGCAACAGUUGCCUGAUUGUAGGGUUGCUGUUGUUUGGACUGAGAGUUAUGAAGGAAUAGAUGAAUUCCCUCUGGAAGAUCUACUCUCUGAAAUGUACACUGGACAAGAGACCACAGGAAUGGUGGGACCAAGUCGUAAGGAUAUGCUGGCAAUCUUCAUUCACCCCUUGGAGAAUGGUUUGUUUUCUAUCAAUGUCAACGGCCAAACAAACACUAAAUCAGGAAUGGCAGUUCCACUGGUAUCUGGCAUCGUGGUUAGCAGAAGGGCUUUGGGAGCCGCAGUUCGAAUGACGGCAUCGAACAUGUGUCAUCGCAGACGAUUGGACAGCGACGCCUACUCUCCUCCCCACAUAAAGCGAAAACAUCGAAUCAAUGAACUUCUAGCGAGAUAUCAACGUCGAUGCACAGAGCCUGACUUCUUUACUGCUGUGUUUGCUGAACAACAUGCCCACAAACCUACUCUUCCAGGACGAAUAAUCAACCUUUCUCAAAGACAGGGAAGUCCAGUGAAUCCACUGCCCUCUAGCGGAAAGAGACCGUUAUCUGUUGCAUGAUUCCAAAUGAGUCAAAUCAAUGCCAACCUUCUGAUUAUGUUAGAAGAAAUGAGCUGGAAAUCGUGACUUGCAACCUGAUUAGUCGUUACUUUCGUUUUAUGCCUCCUCCAAAUCGAGAGCUUAAGCCAAUGUUAAGAGGAAUCUCCAUCAACCACAGCACUCAUGGUAAAAAUGAUUGAGAAAAUUAUGGGUUCUGUUUUUAGGUUCACCCUGUAUUUUCCAGUAAUCUUAUCAACAGAUAAAAAAAAAAUGGUCAUAUCUCAUCCUAAUCUGUGAGGCAUCCCUUGUUAAUAUUGAUUAGAACUAGUUGGGAGGGGACAUGAUAGCAUAUGCAAAUUCUUCAUCCGUUUUGCCGGCAGUCAGUGAUGAUAACAAAAAACUUCUAUUUGUAGCAUAUAUGCUCUUUAUCUUUGAUUUUUACAUUAUCACUACAUAUCAUAAUCUAGAUAAUAUAUAUGUGCAAUACAAAGUAAUCAAAGAGCG